AUGGCCUCUCCAUCUCUCGACUUCCCCCCUCUUCCCUCUGCUUCAGUUCUUGGCAAUCCCCCUACUGUCCUUUCUUAUGCCGACAACGUCUCAGCCCCAGCUUCCAAGCCAAAUGUUUUCCUGGUUUCCUUCUUCUCCCCGGGCCAAAAGAAGCUCUCUUUCAACUCCAACGAUCUUUCUGAAGGAAAGACUAUCUGGAACAAUGCUCUCAUCGGUUACUCUCUCGGUCCUCGCCCGUACUAUGAGCGCCUCCUCAAAGCCAUGCAGAGACUCUGGCCUCUUAAGGGAUUUAUGUCCUUGCUUUCUCUGGCGGAUGGCUUUUUUCUUUUGAAGUUCUCUACGUCUGAUGACCUAGAAUCCAUUUUAUCGGGCGGACCAUGGUUUCUCCUUGGAAAGCCUUUCAUCCUUCAGCGUUGGUCCCCAAAAUUCAAGCCAAAAAGAGACGAGGCAGCACCGAUUCCCCUGUGGAUUAAAAUUGUGGACUUCCUGUUAGCUCUUUGGAUGCCUACAGGCAUCUCCCGUAUUGCCAGCUACAUUAGGAUACCGAUCUCGGUUAACGCUCUUACUGCUAAUCGUACCAGGUUAACGUUUGCUCGGGUAUGUGUCCUCAUCACUAAAAAUUCAAUUUUGCAUGAGGAAAUUCCUUUAGAGAUUGAUGGUGAAGACAUGGUUCUUACUGUUAUUUAUGAUUGGAAACCCGACACUUGUGAGGGUUGUGGCUCGUUGAUUCACCCUUACUCUCUUUGCCCCAAAAAUCCUAAUCCACAACCCAUCCUACCUCCUCAACCACCAAAAAACAGAGGUCGUAGCAAAUCCAGGUUGCGAUCUUCUCAUCCCCGUAGAUCCCCGUCCAAACAACCCGCUUCAAAACCUGUUGCUGUUGGUGGUCCAUCAAUCUCUAGUUUUACCUCCUCUGCUCCCCACCAGCCCCCAGAUUCUCAGUUGGCUCUUCCUCCUGUUAAUCCCCCUUCCACUGACCUGUCUCAGCCCCCAUACAAAGUUCCUCCUCUACCUAACCUGAAUUCCCCCACAGAAGAUUCCUCUUCUUCUGAUCAACCUAUCUCUCUUGCAGUUCUCCAAAUCCCAAAAAUUCCCUUAGUCAAUAAAUUUGCUUCUCUGCAAACUGAUGAUUGUGAACCAUCAAAAGCUACGGACAGUUUUUCGGAGAAUGAUUCCUCCUCGAUCUCCAAAACUGUUGAUGAACCAACUGAUUGCUUUGAUUCAGCUUCUAUGCCGCCGAAACAGAUAGCUAAUAUUGUCAAAGGAAAAUCUCCUCCUAAGCCCAAACCUCCUAAAGGAAAAUCGGCCAAGAAGGCCAAACCCUCUAAAUCUUAA